AUGCCUGUUAAACUGACUGGGUAUCUUCCAUCAUCUUCUAGUGGCACUAACAUUUCUAAUACUUCUUCAAAUUCAAAGUUAGUUAAGAAACUAACGCAACAAAGUACUUCAGAUAAUGAUUUUGCUACAAGUAUUAUUUCUAAAAAAAUGGAACAAUCUUCCGAAGAAUCAAUAACACCACCAAAUAUGAUAAAUUUCAGUACAAAUACCUCUUCUAUUUACGAAACAUUAGAAGGAAAUUAUACAGAUAAUAAUUGCUCAUCAUCUAACAUCUCUGAAGAUCAAUCAAGUAUUUAUGAACCAAAAUCAGGAAAAGAAAAUAAACUAAAUGGAAAAUUAAAAAAAGUUAAAAAAUCAAUAAGGAGCAUCAAAAUAUUUAAAAACAAUAAAACAUAA